CACUCUCUGUGAAUCCCAUGUGCCGUUCACGUUAUAAAACGGGUUGUCCGCUUCAAACCUCUUGGAGAGCGAGAAAUUGCUGUUGCAGUCGUGCUUGUUUCCCGGUGUCCCCUGUCCUCCCUGCCCCUUGCCCACACUUCCUCACUCCUGCUAAUAAACAAAAAACGAACGCGCUGUGGGCUCUGCCCCAGCCGUAUGGAAAAAGGUCAAAGCUUGAGUUUUGUCUUCUGAAAGUAAAUGGAAUGGGUAUUGCUCCUGUACUGUUCCUGCAGUGUUAGGGAGCUUUGAUUCAGAAAAGAACGAGUUUAAAGGCAAAUCUAUGUUACAUUGUCAUGUACCUUGUCUUGACAAAAGCAAAAGGUGGGAGAGCCCAAAGCAUGAAGUUGUCCAAUUAUUGCCAGAGAAGAUAAUGGCUUAUAGAAUAAAAAAAAAAAAAAAAAAAAAAACAACAAAAAAAACCACCACACCCUACAUUUUAAAAAAAGGGGGGAAAAAAAAGGAAAAAGACUGUAUUGGUAACAAGUUUAGAGUUGUCUGUGUUGCAAGUCUUAGAAAUAUUAAAUCUCUUUUUUUCCAGGUUUAAAAUAUCCUCACAGACACUCAUCUGAACGUAUAGCAAAUUCAGAAUGUACUGAAGACACUCUGAGGCUGCGUUUGGAGACAGAGACUCAACUUGUGAUAACAUUCCUUUAGGUUGGCAUAAUGUACAAGGAAAGUAAGGGCUUCAUGAAGGCGUGGCAUACAUAAGUGCUUUUAACCCCUUAUCUUCACAGUUGCUCUGUCACAGUGAGGCAAGUCUGAUUUAGCUGGAAGAGUUUAUUCUAGGAACUUGGUCUUUAAGAAGAUACAACUGUGUUUGCACAGCUUGUUGGGAGGUCAAGACUUACUUAUGCCUCUGGCAUAGUUAUAUUCAUUUUUCUCUUGAUUAUCUCUAUCUUCUACUCUGGACAAUGGUUACUUUACAGCAGAAAAUUUUGCACUUGGUUAAGUGUUUCAGAAGACAGUGGCCUUUAUUUUCCAACUCUGAAAGGACUACUGUGUGUGGAGCAGACUGCAUGUUGAUGGCGUUACAACUGUCCAUGGCUGAAGUCAAUAAACAGUACCAUGGAGACUUCACAGUAUCACUUAGUGAUGUGCUGGAAACUUGGAACUAUUUGUUACGUGACAAACUGGGAUUAUAUGAAAACAUGAAAGAACCUGAAAAUUAUGCUGAUGUGAAAAAGGCCUAUCAUACCUUUUUAGCAAGAAGCAAUAUGCUAGAUUUAAUAGACAUAUAUCAGAAGUGCUAUAGUCUUGGACUUUUAGCUGAAGAUGAAAGCAUAUCCGCUGUUCAACUGUUGGAAUUUAUUUCCGGUGUAAUGAAUACACAAGAAAAUAAUGGUUCUGUUCUUUCUACUCCUACACAAAUCAACAGACAAGUCCAGGAGCAUAUGAAGGUGACAAUCCUGGCAAAGAAGUCUGUCUGUUCAUAUUUAAGCCUUUUGGUGAAUUCUAAGGAUGAUCUGGCACUGGCUCAUAUUCUAAAUGUUCCUGACAGAGGACUUGGUAGAGAAGCCUUCACUAACCUGAAACAUGCCUCACAGGAGAGAAAAAUGUCAAUUUUCCUGAUGGCAACAUCUUUUAUCCGGACCAUAGAACUCAGAGGAAGAGAUUUUGCAUCUCCUUUGUAUGAUCCUUUAAGACCCCAUGUGAAAGGGCUUUCCAACUUUGUUAAUUUUAUCGACAAACUGCAAGAAAUUGUUGGUGAAAUCUUAAAUACAAGAAUUGCAGGGGGCCAAAUUCUGUCAACAGUGAAGAUGCAUUUGAUAAAAGGCCGAAGCAAUGGGGAUCCUUUCUGUCAGGCAGUAGAGGAAGCUGUACAAGAUUUGGAUUUGAAGAUUAAAAAUAUUGUCGAUUCACAGCAGGAAACCUUGACUGCUAGCACCACUGGAGUCAGUCCAGCACGGCCAAAAUUGCAUUCCAUAAAUCAUGGCACUGCAUAUUGUGGCAGAGAUACUGUAAAGGUCUUGCUAAUUCUUCUGGAUGAAGAAGCUGUUAAUCCUCCUACCCAGAACAAAGCAGAUCUGUUGUAUGACAGUGAAAGCUUAGAUUUGUGUGGCAUCACCUCUGUUUUGACACUCUUCAGCUCUCCAGCACGAUCCAGUGGGUCUUCUCCAAAACCUCUUAGACAACGUAUUCUGAAAUCUAUGGAUGAAAAAGUAAUUAAGAUGAAGCAAUCUUCAAUUAAAUCCCAGUUUGCCUGUACAUAUAAAAAUGAUGUGAGUGAAAAAAGUGGUCAGCAUUCCAAUGGAAUACCAACCUAUAAACAUCCUGUUGUACCAAAGCAAGAUUUAAAAGCUGGGAAGUGCUCAGAAGGUACAAAUUCAUGUCUUGAUGUACCAGGGCUUGGAACUAUUUCUGAAAGUGUUCACCAGACUAGAAGUUAUGCAGAAAUGGGAAAGCUGAGUUGCCAGCCAAGGAACAAGAACUCUGAGAAUGAACAGAUGGAUUUGAAGAACGACAAAAUAAUCUGUGACAAGGAAAGUGAACCAUCUUUGCAGAAAAAUACUAAAAUACUUAAGACUUCAAAAAGCUCUGAGAAGGAGUUGGGCAGCAAAAUUGGUGGAAAAAGAAAACAGACCAAAACUGCACGUAAGAAUAAGUUGAUUGCUGGUCAGGCAAAAUUAACUCGCUUUUUUCAAGUCUAA